AUGGAUGAAAACAACUUCUUAUUAAUUCUCCACACCGUUUGUGGGGAUGAUGGAGGAGUGGUGGUGCACCAUGAGCCAUCGUCCAUUAUGAAGCUCAAAGACAUUGGUGAUGUUGAAUUGACCUAUGUGAUGGAGCGCGAUCGUGGAGACCCAAGCCACGCUGCUCAGAAUCCGUGUCCUCGAUUCAAUGACAUACGUUGGAAACCCUAUCUCCCAGUUGUCGAAACAGAAGUCCCAUCUUUGCAUCACUGCGUCAAACCUAAAAACGAAGCAAUACAAGUGAUAAAUCAAUACGAUGUUUAA